UUCCGUCUGGUUCCGUCGGGGAAUUGGAGGCGAUUGGAGGAAUUGGAGAGUGACAGAGAGUGAGUUUACUGGUAUUGCUUAUAUUUGGUUGUUUUCAUCUGUCAAACGGGAAUCAAAAGAAUUCUCCUCAUUCCGCAAAAUUAAAUUUAUUCGAAAAUAUGAAAUCAAGCCGAGUAUAAAUAUGAGAAUACUUUAACAUGUCUCAAAUUUCGAAAAACUGGUAUUUUCCUGGCUUACAAAGAGAGGAAGCAGAACGCAAACUAAAAGAAGAAUCUCGACAAAGUGGCACCUUCUUAGUACGGGAUAGUACAUCUUCUAAUGGGGACUUUGUGUUAUCGGUUUUACACAAAGAUGAAGUCACACACUUUCAAAUACGUAGAUGUACCAUUGAUGAUGCGUUUUUCUCUAUAGAUCAAAAUACGAAAAUUCUUGGCCUCGAUAGCCUUAUCGAACAUUAUCAAAACUCCACCGAUGGUGUCGAUGGAACUUUUAAGUUAACGGAACACUGCCUCGGGCAACCCCCGCCUCAAGAUGCAUGCCUCUUAGGUCGUGAAAACUUAUUACACAGAGCGACAACGCAAGGAAAUUAUAAGGUUGUUACCGAAUUGAUUAAGAGUGGAAAAAAUUUGGAGUUUAAAAAUCAACGCGGUCAAACAGCUGCUCAUAUAGCUAGUAUACAAGGCAAAAAUGAUAUUUUAUUAAAACUAAUCGAAAGUGGAGCUAGCGUAAAUUCACGGGAUACAUCCGGACACACUCCGUUACAUUACGCUUGUCAAUAUAACUACCCGUUAACAGUACGAUUAUUAGUCCAAGUGGGCGGCGCAAAUAUUCAAGCCCGUAACACUGAAAACGGCCGAGUAGCGCUUCAUGAAGCCGCUAGUCGCGGUAACAAACAAGUGAUUCAAGAAUUACUAAGUUUGAACGCACCCUGUAAACCCCGCACCACAAAUAAGCAAUUCCCCGUCGAUUUAGCCAGAGAAAACGGCCAUUUAGAUUGUGUUUCAAUGCUACUAAAUUAUAAGAGUCCAGUGCCGAAAACGAACCGAAACCAUUGGUUCCACGGAACGAUGAGCCGGCAGGAAGCGGAAAGACUAAUCAACGAGUACGACCCAGCAACUGGUACUUUUUUGGUUCGGUUUAGUGAGCGCAAUAAAAACACUGUCCUAACUUUAAAAGCUGACACUUGUUAUUACAAUUACAUCAUCCAAAACGAAAGGACGUAUUACUUCAUCGACGACGGGCCGUACUUGGAUUCAUUGGAACACGUUAUUGAGUAUUAUAGUUUUAUAAGUGAUGGUUUACCGACAACUCUUAACAAUCCAGUUCCGCCUAAACCAAAACCUUCCGUUCCCGACUUUUCAACAAUUCCACGAACAAAAAAUAAAAAAGUAUUAUCUACAUCGAUAUCAUCGCAAGAUCUCUUUACAACGAGCAUAGAGCAGCAAUUUAACAGCAUUUCAUUUAAAACGAAUAUUUCGGGAAUCAAUAACAAUAAUUACAUGCAGUCGGAAGCAACAAAUUUAGGGUGUAGCUCAGAGACCGCGGAAAUAGUAUCGGAAGAACCUAACAAUGACUACAUCCUAUACGGAGCGUUGGAAUUUAACAGUAAAAUCGGACAAGGCGAAUUCGGAGCCGUUUACGAAGGGAUUUACACAAAAUCAAACGGCGACCGCGUUACGGUCGCUUUGAAAACGUUACAUUCGACUGAAAACGGUAUGGUACUUCAAGAAUCGUUCGAGAAGGAAGCGCAGUUAAUGAAAAAAAUUAAUCAUCACUGUAUAGUUAAGUUUAUUGGAUUGUCUAAAGGUCCCAUGUGGGUUAUGGUGACGGAGUUGGUUCCUUUAGGAUCAAUGCUAAAUUAUAUUAUUAAUAAUAAGGAAAGAAUCAUUCCUGGAUAUGAAUUUAAAAUAUGGGCAGCACAAAUUGCAUGUGGUAUGAAAUAUUUGGAAGAACAAAGAUUUGUCCAUCGCGACUUGGCGGCAAGGAACAUUCUUUUGUCAUCAGCAAAUCAAGCGAAAAUCAGUGAUUUUGGUCUAUCCAGGGCGUUACAAGCCGAUUCCGAUUAUUACAAAAAUGUUUGUGGAGGAAAAUGGCCAUUAAAAUGGUACGCCCCGGAAUCGUAUAAUUACGGCGUCUUCUCUCAUAAAAGCGAUGUAUGGAGUUACGGUGUUACUUUAUGGGAGAUGUAUUCCUUAGGAGAACAACCUUACGGUGAUAUGCCCGGUCAUGAAGCGAUAAAAUUGAUUGAUAGAAACGAAAGGCUGCAGCAGCCGAAAGAUUGCCCAGAUCACGUUUACUCCAUAAUGUUGCGUUGUUGGAAAUAUGACAAAAACGAUAGGCCAACGUUUGAAGAGUUACAAGAAAUGUGGGAAGCUGAUAGCAUGUAUACCAACAUAAGAGAACUUAUAGAGGAGAGGAGUUUAACGUAGUCUAUAAAAUAUUAUUAAAACAUUACGAAAGUGCCAAUUUUUAUACUUAUUGAAAUUAUAUUGAUACGCAUAUAUUUUAUACGAUUGUUUAUGGAGAUAAUAAUAUAUUUUAACUAUGUGAUAAUUAUAGCCAGACGAAUUUUUAAUUAAACAUUUCAUGUGACGCAAAAUUGUUGCCGUCUUAUUCAAUUGAUUCUAAUCUAUCUUUUGGUGCAAUAUGUCUGCUUUUAAUUCAUUCCAUUAAAUAUGGUCAAUAAGGUAUUUUGUUCAUGAUUGUCAUUCUAUACUGUAAUUUAAUAAAGAAAUUUGUUGAAUGAAAAA